AUGCCCUUCACAUUGCAGUGGUUCCAAAUACGCUCCACCGAAAGCGUUGACCACCGCUUGAGUCCACCAAAGGAUGUGGUGGUGGCGGGAACACCUGAUAUGGCUCGAGGGUCGGAUCAGCUUGAUGUUCAAGAGCUGAACCGUGUAACGGAACAGUUGCAAGAUGACCUGGCUCACGAACGGACUCGGCGUUAUGAGCUUGAGGAUCUUGUAAGGGAUGAUUACAAUUCCCUAACGCACGAUCGUUCGGACGAUCGUGCCGCGUUUGCGCUCGCACUACUUGAGAACGAACAAUCGACUCAUUCUCUUCGUGACGAGCUGGCUGUAGCUCGUCGAGACAUCGCUCAACUGCGUGAGAAGGUCGCUUCGCUAUUCGACCAGACUGGCUCGUUGAAACGGGACCACUCGAAGGUGGUCUCGGCCCUCGACCGCAAGGGUGUUCUUCGCAUCUCGAAACGGUCUCGUACUGAUAGUACGGGCGGAGACGACCAACGUAAAACGUAG